CGGGAAGCUGAGCUCACACACACAACACACACAUACACACACACAGCAAGGGGCUAAUAAAAGCAGACCAAGGAGACUGAACGCAGCAGAAGAGCAGAACUUCAAAAGGUCGCAUUGCCAAGAAAAGCAUAUCAAAAGAGUUUGUGUUACUGGACAAAGGCUGUUCUCACAGCAAGGAAAUACAUGUUUCCCUGAACAUUUAUUUUGGCUCCCUUUUUUUAUCCUCCAAAAGAUUCCACGAUGAAGUAUUUUGUUCUCUUAAUUCAGCUCCUGGCUGUCCUUCCUAAGGGAAAACUGACCAGCUGCAACAGCUACCUCAGCUCAGUGAAGCAGGAUGUCCUUAACCUGCUGAUUAGCUGGGAGAGCAAGUCCGGCUUUCCAGACGAGGCAGGUCCAUCUAAGAAGCUUCCCCGGAGCUGCAAGGAAAUCAAGGAUGCCUCUAAGUGGGCUAGGGAUGGCUUGUAUUUCCUGGCCACGGAAGAUGGCGAAGUCUACCAGACUUUCUGCGACAUGAACACCAACGGAGGUGGCUGGACUUUGGUGGCCAGCAUUCACGAGAACAACUUGCACGGGAAAUGCACAGUAGGGGAUCGUUGGUCCAGCCAGCAAGGCAGCAAUGCCAACAUCCCAGAAGGUGAUGGAAACUGGGCCAACAAUUCCACUUUUGGUUCAGCCGUGGGCUCAACGAGUGAUGACUACAAGAAUCCUGGUUAUUAUGAUAUUGUAGCAAGAGACCUGUCCGUAUGGCACGUCCCGAACAAAACCCCCAUGCAGAAAUGGCGGGACAUGUCACUCUUCAGAUAUCACACGGAAACAGGAUUCCUAAUGGCAGAAGGUGGCAACCUGCUCCGGCUCUAUGAGAAAUACCCAGUGAAAUAUGGUAUUGGCAGCUGCCCAGCGGACAACGGGCCAGUGAUACCCAUCGUCUUUGACGCUGGUAAUGCCCAGAAGGUAGCGGCGUAUCAUGCUCCAAACGGACAGCGAGAGUCUGUCCCUGGUUUUGUUCAGUUUCGAGUGUUUAAUUACGAGAAAGCCGCUGUGGCCCUGUGCUCUGGAAUUAAAGCCACGGGAUGUCACACAGAACACUACUGCAUUGGUGGAGGAGGGUUUUUCCCAGAAGGAAAUCCUCGGCAGUGUGGUGACUUCACUGGCUUUGACUGGAGCGGUUAUGGGACCCACCAAGGCUGGAGUGCUUCCAGAGAACUAACUGAGUCCGCAGUCCUGAUUUUUUACCGGUGAUCAGAACAGAGGCCGUUUGCAGAAGCAGAAGCAUCAGGACUCCAAAUUGUUUACAGGUUUUUAAAAUUAAAUCGGGAUAUUAAACUUUUCCUUGAGAUGCACAAACUUGUGAUGGCCAUGUAAAUAAAAACAGUGAGCUACCACUA